AUGCGUUCGCUUCAGAGCGCUGCCCGUUCGGCCUCGCGCACCCUCCGCACCUCCCAAUGGCGACCAAGUGAAUCAGCUUCGUUGCUCACCGGCGCCAUUCGGCCGUUGUCGGCGCAUUCCCGACUCCUGCACGCCGUGCCGCCGCGAAAGAGCUCAUCAGCUACUGCGAAGGACUCGUCCAACCGCGCCAUGUCUUUCCCGUGUCUCGAUGCUCAAGAGGCUAAAUCAGCUAUGCUUAAUGCCCGAUCACUCGAAUCAGGGCCCGAGCCUUCCUACACCACCGGCCAACAUGAACAGUUUCACUGUGACCAGCCGCUUCUUCUUGACUGGGGCGGCGUGCUGCCGGAAUUUGACAUUGCUUAUGAGACUUGGGGUCAGCUGAAUGGGGACAAGAGCAAUGCGAUCCUUCUGCACACUGGCUUGUCAGCUUCGAGUCAUGCUCAUAGCACCGCGUCUAACCCGAAGCCUGGGUGGUGGGAGAAGUUUAUCGGGCCUGGUUUACCUCUGGAUACAAACAAGUACUUUGUGAUUUGUACCAAUGUUCUGGGUGGCUGCUACGGUAGUACAGGGCCUUCCUCGAAGGAUCCUUCAGACGGCGAGCGUUAUGCAACACGCUUCCCAAUCCUCACAUUGGACGACAUGGUACGAGCCCAGUUCCGUGUUCUCGACGGCUUGGGUAUCGAGAAGUUGGCUGCAUCUGUCGGAUCCAGUAUGGGAGGAAUGCAGAGUCUGGCGGCUGGUGUACUAUUCCCCGAGCGCGUGGGCAAAGUCGUCAGUAUCAGCGGCUGUGCUCGAAGUCAUCCGUACAGCAUUGCCAUGCGUCAUACACAGCGACAGGUGUUGAUGAUGGACCCGAACUGGUCCCGUGGAUUCUACUACGACGGCAUCCCUCCGCACUCGGGAAUGAAGUUGGCGCGUGAGAUCGCUACUGUUACCUACCGAAGUGGACCAGAGUGGGAACAGCGAUUUGGUCGUCGCCGUGCCGAUCCGAGCAAGCAGCCUGCACUGUGUCCCGACUUCCUCAUUGAGACCUAUCUCGACCACGCCGGCGAGAAGUUCUGUCUCGAGUACGACCCCAACAGUCUCCUGUAUGUCUCCAAGGCCAUGGACCUGUUCGACCUGGGCCAUGCUCACCAAUCCGAAACCCGUCUUCGCCGCGCACAGGCCGAGGCUCGUAUUGCUCGGGGUGAUAUUUCCUCAAGCGUCGCAGAUGCAGCUUGUAGCUUGACUUUGCCUGAUCAGCCAUACGAGGAACAGCCCCAUGCUAAUGCUUCCGUGCCACUCGCCGACGAGUCUGUUACCUCCCAAGAACCCGAGGGACCCCCAGCUGACCUGAUUGCUGGUCUCUCGCCGCUGAAGAACCACCCGGUCCUUGUCAUGGGUGUUGCCAGCGACAUCCUGUUCCCGGCAUGGCAACAACGCGAGAUUGCCGAGACUCUUCGUGCUGGCGGCAACAAGAAUGUUGAGCACAUCGAGCUUGGCGAGGAUCUCUCGCUGUUCGGUCACGAUACUUUUUUGCUUGACUUGAAGAACAUCGGUGGUGCGCUCGGCCGGUUCUUAAAAUAA